AUGAGUUUUAAUAAAGUGGAAGAAUUUAUAAAAGAAGGCGAUGUAGUAGUUUUGUAUCUAGGACCUACUAAUAUGCAUUUCUUAGAAAUCAAACCAAAAAUUCUGAAUAAAAAGGGUAGUAUGGUUGAUAAUGUUUUUCAAACAAUAUAUGGAGCGCUUAAAGUUAUAUCUCUUGUUGGACAAAAGUAUGGUACAAAGGUGCAACUUUCACGUGGUUGGGGAUACGUGUUACAACCAACACCAGAACUUUGGACAUUAACAGUCCCUCAUAGGACACAAAUUAUAUAUAGUCCUGAUGUAAGCCUAAUUAUAUAUUUAAUGGAUUUGGCACCAGGAAGUGUGGUCAUUGAAACAGGUACGGGAAGCGGAUCUCUUUCGCAUGCACUUAUUCGUGCAAUACGUCCUCAUGGGCAUCUUUAUACAUUUGACUUUCAUGAACCCCGUGUCAAUAUUGCCCAUGCAGAAUUCCAUAGUCAUGGUCUCGGUGAAUUUGUAACAGUAGGUCAUAAAGAUGUUUGCAUGGAAGGAUUUGGGGAAUUAAAUAAUAAAGUAGAUACAAUAUUUUUGGAUCUUCCCCAUCCAUGGUUGGCAAUUGAUCAUGCAUUAUGCACUUUUAAAAAAUCAGGUGGAAAACUUUGUUCUUUUUCUCCUUGUAUCGAACAAGUGCAACGUACUUGCGCAAAAUUAACAUCAAAGGGGUUCAUUGAAUUAAACACGUACGAGUGUUUGCAAAGGGAAGUGAAUGUACAAUAUAAAAAUCUUCCUAUGCUGGAUUUAGAAUGUUUGAAACAUGAGCAUAUGAAUACAGAUAUGGCACAACAAAGUGAAAAUGAAAAACAAAACCAGACAAAACUUCUUACGGUGACGCAUGCUCGUUCUCUACCUGGUCAUACAGGGUUUAUUACAAUUGCUACACUACCCCCGUGUUAUGCACGAAAGUCGGAAAUAAGUUUAGAAUCUAUAAACUAAUUAAAUUCGAAAUUGUGGCGAAGAGAAAAUCACAAAUGUUCAUUACUUCUGUCACGUUGAAAAUACGAUUUCAGAUCUAUUCGGUUCGUAAAAACUACUGAUAAUAAAGAAAGCAGUGUAAAAUUAAGAAAUUAUGCUUAGAUUUUAAAUUGUUACUUGUACGCAUAAUAAUCUCGUUACAAUUCCAAA